GCUGAAAAGCAUUUCCGCAGCCGUAUCGUCUCAUUCCCCUUGCCGAACAAGGAAUCUCUCGCUGCCGACGCCGUCAUCGUCAUCGUCGCAGUUCUCCGCCGGGAUAUCUCGCGGCUCUCCAAGGUAAUCAAUCAUUUACCUUCUCGUUUCAAGUUCUGUAACUCUGUUCCUCUCCUUGAUUUCCUGUACAAUUCUGCUCCAAUCACGAUCCUCUGCUGCCAUUAACAAAGCCGCAUCGAACUAGCUAAUGGUAGUUAGUUCGAUUAGUAUCAAAACAAGCUGCUGUCUUGCUGGUGUUAGGUCAAUGACAUCCCUUUUCACAACCCUAGAGUUGGCCCUAAUAAAAUCGGAAAUUCCGAUCGCGUAAAGUGAUUUUUUUCCAGUCUCUUCAAUUUCGAUUAGGUAUUUAAUUCGCCUAAGAAUCCGACUGUUGCGAAUACGAUACUCUAAAAUCAGACUAGGGUUCGGCACUACGAAAUCGUAUUAUGAAUCGUGUUAGUUAUAUCUCCGUUUUUCCCAUUGAUUCAGAUGCCAGCUGCUGGACCGAAUACGUCCGGUAGGGACGGGGAGCUGUUCGUGGAGGUAGAUCCUUCAGGAAGGUUCGGGCGGUACGACGAUCUUCUAGGGGCAGGAGCGGUGAAGAAAGUGUACAGAGCGUUUGAUCAAGAGGAAGGGAUCGAGGUGGCAUGGAAUCAGGUCAGGUUGAGGAACUUCAUCGAGGAUCCCGUGCUGAUCAACCGGCUACAGUCGGAGGUCAAGCUGUUGAGGGCUUUGAAGAACAAGUACAUCAUUGUUUGCUACAGCGUUUGGCUUGACGAGGAGCACAGCAAUUUGAACUUCAUAACGGAGAUCUGCACUUCUGGGAAUCUGAGGAAUUACAGGAAGAAGCAUCGGCACGUUUCGUUGAGGGCUUUGAAGAAGUGGUCGAAGCAGGUGCUUGAAGGGCUGGUGUACCUUCAUACUCAUGAGCCCUGUGUCAUUCAUAGGGAUUUGAAUUGCAGCAACAUUUUCGUCAAUGGGAAUAUCGGCCAGGUGAAGAUAGGCGAUCUGGGUUUGGCAACAAUAGUGGGGAGGAGCCACGUGGCGCACUCGAUCAUAGGCACACCGGAAUACAUGGCACCGGAGCUGUACGAGGAAGAUUACACGGAGUUGGUGGACAUAUACUCUUUCGGGAUGUGCUUGCUGGAGAUGGUGACGAUGGAGAUACCCUACAGCGAAUGUGACAGCGUUGCCAAGAUAUACAAGAAGGUGACCACUGGUGUAAAACCUCAGGCCUUGAACAAGGUAGAGGAUCAAGAAGUGAAGGCUUUCAUCAUGAAGUGCAUAGGCGAGCCCAAGGCACGGCCUUCUGCUGCUGACCUUCUCAAGGACCCUUUCUUUGCCGGGAUCACUGUUUAUGAGGGAGAUGGAUCUGCGCGAGGGUAGGAAUUCUGGAUACCUGUAGUUUGAGCUCGAAACUAACAGUAGCCUAAUGUCAGUAAAUGUAAACGAGAAACUGAAUGCAAUGAUCAACUAUAAAAGGUCGUACUUGUGGAUUAUAGGUUCAACUUAUGCAUUAUUAUAUAUGUACAUGCUAUGCUAAGUUCAGUUUCAUGAAGUUUGUAAUGCGAAGGAUCUUAUUCAGCUUUAGAUGAACCUUACCGAUUGUUUUAUUGUUUUAGAGAAUCUUUCACAUGAUCAGAAUACUAAUUUCAGUUUCAGGGUCUCGCAACUAAUGAAGUAGCAAGUGCAUG